AUGGGCCAGUCUGAGCUGGGGUUUCUAGUGCAAGACCUCAACCUUCUGCUGAUUGUGGGAGACAUCAUCUGGCCAGUAAGAGGUGGUCAGCAGCCACUAAGAGGCCGUGGGCAGGUUAGAGGUGGUAAUGGUGUGGGACGAGGUCGUGGAAUGUUUGGCAGAGGCAUUGGUAAUAGUGAGACAAGACAGCCAGCACUAGUCUAUAUUGCUCGUCGUCGAGAGGAUGGUGACGCUCCAGAUGUUAUAACCUAUACGUUCCUAAUUUAUAAUGUACCUUACACUGUUUUAAUUGAUAUAAGGUCUACACAUUCAUACAUUGCAUGCACUGUGUCUGGCACCUUGGGUAUCAUAUGUGAGAGUACUAUUAAUAAGAUGAUUGUGUUAAGCCCAAUAGGAAAAUCAAUAAGGGUAGACAAGUUGUUCAGAGAUGUACCCCUAGAGGUUCAAGGAGUUAUAUUUCUAGCAGAUUUAAUAGAGCUACCAUUUGGUGACUUCGACCUAACCUUGGGGAUGGAUUGGUUGGUUAAACACCGUGCAAGUUUGGAUUGCGCUGCUAAGCGGCCAAAAGAACUAGUUCGCGAGGGUUGUGAGGCGUUUGUAGCCUAUGUUGGUGUAACUGAUUCUGAAGGUCCUUUAGUUAAAGAUAUCAAAACUGUUAAGGAUUUUCCCGAUGUUUUUCCUGAUGAGCUCCCUAGGUUGCCUCCAAGUCGCAAAGUUGAAUUUGGAAUUGAACUUUUGCUAAGAACGGCUCUAGUGUUUAUCGCCCUUUAUAGGAUGGCACCGAAGGAGCUGGUGGAAUUAAAAGCUCAAAUCCAAGAACUGUUGGAUCGAGGAUUCAUUCGACCUAGUGUGUCUCCGUGA